AUGGAACAGAACAUUAGUAGAAAUGGUUGUGAUAGUAAUCGACAAGCAAUGAGUGCAAGUGAAGAGGAAACACUCAAUAGUGACAACUCCUGGAAGCUACCUGUAUCAGAAAUUGCCAAAAGCACAGUAAAUCCAAUUCGACAAAUUUGUGAUUCCCUGUUCGUGGCAUCCGGGACGAAAAAACCAUUGCUUAAAUUAAACCUUGGAGAUCCGACUGUUUCUGGCGCAUUACCUGUAUGUUCCGCUGCGAUCGAGGCUCUCAGUAAAGCACUAAUUAGUCGUAAAUACGAAGGUUAUGGACCCGCCGUUGGAAUUCUGGAAACUCGGGAGGCAGUAGCUCGACACUUCACACGUCCUGAGGCACCAGUUACCGCGGAUUCGGUUCUGUUAACCAGCGGUUGCUCGCAUGCCAUUGAAAUGUCCAUCGAGGCAUUAGCAAAUCCAGGCGAUAAUAUACUUGUACCAGCACCUGGCUUUCCCUUAUAUUCAACUCUUACUAAAUCUUCAAACGUCGAAAGUCGUUACUAUCAUUUCGAUAUGUUGAAUGGCUCCCGACUGGAUCUUGCUCGACUGGAGUCUUUGAUUGAUGAAAGAACUCGUGCCAUAAUUGUCAAUAACCCUCCUAAUCCGUCCGGCAUAGUUAUCUGCAAAAGUCAGCUGGAAUCGAUAUUACAAAUAGCCUAUGAAAAACGGAUCCCUAUAAUUGCUGAUGAAGUUUACGGGACGAUGACCUAUAAUGGAGCUAAGUUUUAUCCGAUAGCAACCUUGAAACCGAAAGUGCCAGUACUGACUUGUGACGGUAUUGCCAAACGGUAUCUUCUACCGGGAUGGCGACUUGGUUGGAUCAUUAUUCACGAUCGGUAUGCCGCGUUGCAAUCUAUCCGAGACGGCUUGACAGCACUAGCUCAGAAAAUCGUCGGUCCUUGCGUAUUGAUUCAAGGUGCACUACCACAUAUCUUGCAAUCAACCAAUGCCAGUUUUUUUCAGCAGGUGAACAAUACUAUUCAGCGCAAUGCAAGCAUUAUAUAUGAGAGCUUGAGGGAAGUACCGGGCUUGCAACCCCUUAUGCCUAAUGGGACAAUGUACAUGAUGGUGGCCAUCGAUGAGCAGAUAUAUGGAGGAGACCAAGUUUUCGUUCAUGACUUACUUGUGGAAGAAAAUGUCAUCUGCCUUCCAGGCUGCGUCUUUCAUUGUCCUGGCUGGUUUCGUUUAGUACUUACCUUCAGCGAGCAUGACAUUCGUGAAGCUUGCACUCGCAUUAUACAAUUUUGCUUACGGCGAUAUUCACACAGAUUGGAUGAUAGAAUGAGUACCUGA